UGGACCUGCAGGACAACCCCGCCCCCUGGGGUAGCGCUGACCAAUGGGGAGCGUUAACCCCGCCCACGCCGAGGGGGCGCGGCCAAUCAAGGGGCGCGAUGGCGGCGCCGGUGCGGGACCGCGAGGCGCUGCAGCGGCUCAACUUUCUCUUCCAGGCCGCCCACUGGGUGCUCCCCCACAGCCCGGCCCUCGCCCGCUUCUACUGCAGCACCCAGCGUGGGGCCGCCCGCCGCCUCGUGCUGCGCAUGGCCCCCUCAGUGAAGCGUACCGUGUGCCGCCGCUGCUGCUCCCUGCUGCUGCCGGGCCUUGGGGGCUGCCUGCGCCUGCGAGGGGGGGGGCAGCCCCGCUGGGUGCUGCGGUGCCGGAGCUGUGGGCGCUGCCGGCGGUACCUCUGUCAGCGGGAGCUCCGCCCCCAGGUGCAGGCCACGCCCUCUGGCCCCGCCCCAGCGGACAGCCCAGCCUAAGAACUACCUGGCGACAGAGCGGCCACGCACCCUCUGAUUGGUCUCUGCAGAAGCCAGGUGUAACCAAUCAGAAGACACCAACUGCAGAAAUAAACCCUUUAUUCCAUA